GAGCUAACUUUCACACACUCGAGAACGUUAAAAAACUGGCACUAAGCACACGAAUCGGAGUCUUCUAUGGCCGAAAACUUGGGUGGUGAUAGGGCGUCCUUGAAUUUGCGUGGUUAGACGUUAUCACCUUUGUGGCAAUAAUGCAGUCUGAAGAGUGAAACAGCCCAUAAGCAAUUGAGACUUAGACCUUAUAUCUCAAGGUGAGUGGCGGCUCAUGUUGUGACGUCUAUGGGCUCUGAUAACAAUUUAACAUUAGAAAAUUCGUGGACGAUGCUAUGUAAUAAGAGGACAAGAUAUUUGUCUUUCAGGAUCGACGAUGUGUCUCAUUUUAGCGUGUGCGAUUAUAAUUACUACCAGUGUUCGCGCAUUUUUUUAAUUGGUUCAAUGAAUGAACCAGCUCUUGGCCCAUUUUCAAUAACUAAAAUGCCGCAUCCCACCUGUGGACAUGAGUUGUAAGUCUCUGUUCUAUAAUACAACGAUUGUCCCACUCUUCAAACUAGAACUGCUACUGCUUCACGGCAGAAAAAGAGCAGGGAGACUAACGACCAGCAAUUCAUUUUUCGAUUUUUUUUAUAUUUCCGUCGUAUCAUACAUUCAGCGUGUGACAGAAACAGAUAAAAUUACGCUGAAAUAUAUCAUAUAAAUUAUAUGUACCGAUGACCUUUCGCUGUAAUGCAUUCAGGCUUAAAUUAGAUAACAUAGCAUUGAGGGGAACAUGUUAACGAAACAUACACUCAACAAAAAUUACCUCCUUGUCCGGCAGUCGGGCAAAUUAAAUAAGAUCUUAAUUGAAGCGAUCUCCUCGAGUAGUUAUCAACGCUAGCUACGUGAUAGAGAGGUACUUAAGUAGUUGGAAGAUGUCACGCCCACUAGUCUGCGAAGUUUUCUUGCCGCGCGAACAUGUCUAGAGACGAUACGUCAGUUCACAUGCUAAGGAGUUUCGUUGGCGACAUAUUCCUAUUGGUCGGACUAUUGGUGUGUAAUCUCUCAUUAGAGAAGCUAUGGGUUCAAACGCAUCGGGGUUUCUUCUGUGGCGACGAGAGCUUAAUGCUCCCAUACAGAGACGACACAGUUACGGAAUUAGUGCUGAGAAUAAUUGGAAUAAUCCCGCCUAGUAUAUUAAUUUUAAUCUUCGAGUGGACUCUUCUGCGCAAGGAACGCAGCGCAAGAUGUUUCUCCAUACCCGUCCCGUGGUGGGUGAGAAGUUCCUUUGGCAUUCUUAUGUCGUUCUCGGUCGGGUUUUGCUUCAAUGAAAUAUUUACGAACAUGGGAAAGAAAGUCAUUGGAAGACUUAGACCACAUUUCUUUGAUUUAUGCAAGCCUUCAGUGGACUGCAGUUUGCCAACUGACUUCGGUCGGUACAUCGCUCCGAAUGAGUACACAUGCACAGCCGAAACUCCACUCUUGACUGAUAAUUUAAGAAAAUCAUUCCCCAGCGGACAUUCUUCGAGUAUCGCCUACACUGCGAUUUUUAUAGCUAUAUACUUAGAAAGGCGCUCAGUGUGGAAGAACCACAGGAUCUUUCGCCACACUAUUCAGUUGGCAUUUUUACUGAUGAGUUGGUACGUCGCCUUAUCAAGAAUAACAGACUUUAAGCAUCACUGGAGCGAUGUUCUAUGUGGAUAUGCUCUGGGAAUGUUCAUCGCUCUAUUUAUGGCUGUAAGAGGAACUGAGCUCAUUGAGGCGAAGAAAAACAAUUCAUCACCAGCACACGAAGUUAACCUUAAUCAUCAAGAACUGCCUAUUAGUGCGUGACGGGAAUUAUUGUUAUUUUAAUAGUAUCCAUUAAUAGUUAAUUAAUUUAAUGUUUUACUAUAACCAAAUAUACUCAUAACGUACUUUACUGGUGGUAGGACCUCUUGUGAGUCCGCACGGGUAGGUACCACCACCGCGUAUUUCUGCCGUGAACCAGAAGCUUUUCGAUUUGAAAGGUGGGGCAGCCGUUGUAACUAUACUGAGAUCUCAGAAAUUAUAUCUCAAGGUGGGCGCAUUUACGUUGUACAUGUCUAUGGGCUCCAGUAACCACUUAACACCAGGAGGGCUGUGAGCUCGUCCACCCAACUAAGUAAUAAAAAAAGUACUAUCUGCCACGUAGUGAGAUGUAGGCAUCCCACUAGGUAGUAGGACGACCAGCUAAAGGUCGCGGGAUUACACUGGAUACGGGUUACCUAGGAGAGGUCUUUGUGGGGAACCUUGAGGGAGGCUUAUGUCCAGCAGUGGACGCCUGUAAGCUGAUGAUGAUGAAGUACCUGCGGAUUUGAGAGGUAAGCGAUGGGACAGCCAUUACACAAUUGAGAUUUCGAUUUCAUGUUACUAAUUACAUUUGAAUAGAGGCGGCAAUAGCAUUGUGUUAUUUAUGCACUCCGGGAACCGCUAGACACCAGAUGGAAUGUUGGCUUGUUCUCUUACUAGUACAAUAAAACUAAUAUAAAUAGUUAAUUGUUUAAUUUAAAAUGGUAAUCUAUUCAAUAAACAUGUUACAGUGUGAAAUACAAAAAAUAAAAGUAUAUAGUAAAUUAUACAAAGCAUUAGACAAAUUUCAGUUGUUUCUUUUAAUGACAAUAAAAUAAAAAUCAUCUUAGUUAUUAAGUGACAAUUAAACUAGUUACAAUGUACUAAAAAUGAUUUAAAGUUACCAAAAAAUGUAUUUUAGAUUUAAUGUUUCUUUCUCUCUGCAAUGUUUGGAAUUCAUCAUUCAGGCGAUUCAUAGUUAACAAAACAAAUUUCCAUAGUUACCUUUCUCUUAUCGCAUUUCAGACUUAUUACUUUUUAGCUCUGAGUAAGUACCGGAUACGUUUGUUUACUUGUCUGCUAUUUAUUUACUGGCUGUAUGUAAAUUUAAUGUAAAUAUCUCAGAAAACAAAGUCUUCGUUUCGACUUGUUACAUAGAUUAAGAUGUUAUCUAUAAUAUUAUUAUAUUCAUUAAUUUUAAGAAUGAAUUUAGUCAAUAACAAUUUUAAGAGUAAGAAAACUUUAUAUUGUGAAAUGUUAUAUUAAAAAUCGAGUAUUCUGCAAAAAAA